ACAACGUACGUUAAAUUAAACGAAACACUAAAACUAUUUUUUACAACAAUUUUUUUUAAAUAUCGUUUUACUAAUUUUUUUUUUCAGAUUUUUGUACCAUCGUCACCAACACCGAAGAAGAUCAGCAUGUCAGCAGUAACAGAUCCACUAGUUAAGAACAUGAAAAAAAAUGUCUACCACCUGACCAUGAACCAGCCAGUUACUGACCAGCAUGAAUAUCUCCACUUGUUCUGCGAGCAACUUGAAAUGCUCUUCAGGAGAGGAAUGAAACCGUCAUUGACGGUGUUUCAAUCUGUGAUGCACGAUUACUGGAGGUUCUUCGAGGCUUACAACGCGUUUCUGAAAAAAAAUAAAAUCAGAUGUCAUCCUUUCUUUGAUAUUUCCAUCCAAACUGUCAAGUCCUCUCUUAAGGUGAAGACUGACCAGGGCAGAGGGAGGUUGUUGAUCCGGAUGUUGCUACAAAACAAGUGCCUGGACAACAUCGUCCAUCUGAUGAACACUCAACCCAACUUUUUAGAUACCUGGUAUUCUAGCAGUAAUUGCAUUUUUUUUGACCCCAUACAAACGGAAAUUUUCAUAUCAGUCCUCAAGCAGAUGAAUGAAUUGCAAAUCAAAUUCUGCGUCGAUAAUCAAAGUUUCCUGGAUGAUACUUGGAUAUUGCCGGUCUUCAAGAGGCUGACGUUGGUUCCUAGUAAGAAGCUAGGUGUCGAAAUCAUUCACAAAGCCGGUCACGCCAUUGUCUUUCGACUGAAUGAGAAUGGUGUAGCCGCUGAAAAUGGACAAAUGGAGGCGGGUGAUGUGUUGGAUGAGAUCUGUAACAAGCCAUUAAGAGAUACAACCGAUGGAUUGAUUCCACACUACCUAAGAUGCAACCUGGGCAAACCUAUUGAUGUGACUAUUCUAAAGGGUCACCUUCCAGACGGCUCCAUAUUCAGACCUCUGCUAGAGAUCACGAAGGACCUGCCGGCCAGGUACUCGCCCUUCAGACAGCAAGUUCAAGGUCAAGGUCAUCUAUUUUUGGACAGGGAGGGUGGUGAGGAGGAGAGUUUGAAGACACCUCCGCACGCCAGACUGUCGCAGGAAUGUGACGAGGAGGUCCCGGUCCAUAACGCUAAUGAUAGGGCGGAAUAUGACUGCACCUACCUUGGGUACGUUGACAUCGGCCAGGAUGGAUCGAUAUGUAAGAUUGAAGAGGCUAUCGACAACGUCGACCAGCUACAGCGACAACAAACGGUGCAACAACAAAUACAAAACAAACUACAAGAAGUUAAACAACAACUGCUGUUACUACAGCCACCACAGCAGCCACAACAACAACAACCACAAAACGACUUAAUUUUUAUGCUUGAAUCCGACGAACAACUAAUAAAACAACAACAACAGCCGCAACAACAACAACAGCAACAACAACAACAACAGCCGCACCAGCAGCUGCAGCAACAACAACAGCAAAACUAUCUGCAGCAACAGCAAAAACAACUCGAAAAUCAGUUGUUGUUUCUGCGAUUAAAACAACAGCAGACCAACAAUGUUGGCGUGUUAAAACAGUUUGAAACGCUAGUUCAUCUCGGAGAAACGGACUUCACAGUCUUCGAUAAAGAUAAACAAGUAUUCUUGAAGGCCUCCUUCACAGAAAUAUCUGCUUGCGGUCGCAAAGAUGACAAAGCGGAUUUGUUCGCUUGCAUUAUUGGCGAAACCACGUGUACCCUGGCCAAAAAUUUUGUUGCUCACGUCUUCAAAGCCAGGAACCACGCUGAGGCUAAGAUCAUUCUAUGCACUAUUGAAAUUGUUACAACGAUCAAGUCUAAAACCGCCAAUGUGCCAAACGUUAAGAAAUCCAACUUGGAUGUAUUCUAG